UAAUAUUUUGCAUGUUAAUAACGAUCUCUCAGUGGAACUCGAUUCGUCGUCGAGUACAGAUAUCAAUUUUGCCAAUCUUUUUUUAGUAAAAUGAGUUGGUUUUCAUAUUUGUUGUUUAUAUCAUUUGUUUUUUACGGCUCGUACGGUCAACGUGAAAAUAAAUUCUUCAGAAAAGACUACCACUAUUUAGAGUCUGUUGAGAGUUUUUACAAAAUCCAAACCAUUCCGAGAAGUUGGCAAGUCGCUAAGCAAAUAUGUGAAUGGGAGGGAGCCACAUUAUUUUAUCCGGAAAACGAAGUGGAAGCUAAUGCAGUUCUUGGCUACGUGAAGGAAGCUCAAGGAUACAACCACUUUUGGAUUGGUAUAUCCUCGUUGUUAGCUAAAGGUGUAUUUGAAACCAUUGAUGGAUUGUCUUUAUUGGAUGUGUAUAACAAAUGGGCAACGGGCGAGCCUAACGACGGCGGGGGUGAAGAGGACUGCGUGGUGCUGAACAAGGAAGGUUCCAUGAAUGACGACGGCUGCUGGAAGAAGCAUCCCUACAUCUGCAAGAAGACGCUCGCGUUCCUCGAAUGGAAUACAGCUUGUAAAAUGCCAUAUCCAGAUUACAAAUACAACAAAGAGCUGGGAAGAUGUUACAAAUUCCAUCUGUCUCCCAAGAACUGGACGGAGGCGUACACCAUCUGCAGUUCGGAGCUGUCAUUCUUGGCUGUCAUCGAGAGUCAGGCUGAAGCAGACUUCUUGCAGCAGCUGACCAGUCUGGCUCCGAAAGAUAACAUUCCGGGGAAUUACCUCCGCGGAGCUGUUCAUUUAGGGUAUCAUAAUAGGAACGGGAAUGGAUGGAGAACAAUUAAAGGCACUCCUCUAGAAAACAGUGGGUACUCCCGUUGGGGUGGUGGCCAGCCUGACGGCGGCGAUCUGGAACGGUGCGGAACAAUGUUCUACAAUGGUCAGCUCAAUGAUAUAGCUUGCGAUCGAAGAUGCUUCUUCAUCUGUGAAAACGAUGACGUCGACGUCAAUAAUUUUGACGACAGAUUUGCAGACAUCUCGUAAUAUGUGAUAGUCAUGGAUGUAAUAAGUACUUCGUUGUACGGAGUACCUACUAAUUCCAUGAUGUUUAAGAUUACAAAAUUACACGUUUCAGUGAUUUUAGUUCAUGGAGGUUAGGUUUCUUUCAUACCCGCUGUCUCUAAGGCCUCAUAGUUCGAUCGAUCUGAUAAAUAAUAAUUAUAUAUAAAAAGAAAUAUGGAGCUACAUAAACAAAUAUUUAUUUCUUCAAUUAUUAUGUACUUUUGCGGCCCAAACGUUUUGAAUAUAAUUUAACUACGUACAUAAGAUUGAAUUUAAAAGAGUAUGUGCAAUUAAAAACUUACAUUCUACUGAGAAAGGUUUCGAGGAUAUUUAACGUCAUGGAUGGAAAAUAAAUUACUUUAAUUUUA